AUGAAACACACUCUGGCUGAACUGAUGAGGAUGAGCAGGAUAUGCCGGAUGGUAUUUGCCACUUGUUUGGGAUCCUUUAUUCUGGUCGUCUUUUAUUUCCAAAGUAUGUUCCAGCCAGUCAUGCGGAGGAACCCCUUCAUGGUGGACAGCUGCUGUAGGAAAGGGUCCCGCAACGCCUUGCAGGAGCUCUACAACCCAACACAGAUGGAGUUGUCAGGAGCAGCCGUCCACCACCAGGCCAGGAGGGAUCAGGUGGUGGAUGCCUGUCGUAUCUACAGUGCAUCCAGCCGUAAGCGGCGAGUCCUGACACCUGGAGACCUAAAACACCUUGUGGUGGAUGAGGACCAUGAGCUCAUCUAUUGCUAUGUCCCCAAGGUGGCCUGUACCAACUGGAAACGGGUCAUGAUGGUGCUCACAGGUCGGGGCAAAUACAGUGACCCAAUGGAUAUCCCUUCAAACGAAGCUCAUAUUCCGUCCAACCUGAAGACACUGAACCAGUAUAGCAUUGCAGAGAUCAACCACCGUCUCAAAAACUACCUCAAGUUUCUCUUUGUCCGCGAACCCUUUGAGAGGCUGGUCUCCGCAUACCGUAACAAGUUCACCCUCAAGUACAACUCGUCCUUCCACAAGCGCUUUGGCACCCGUAUAGUCCGUCGAUACCGAAAGAAUGCCACACAGGAAGCCCUGCUCAACGGUGCUGAUGUCAAGUUCAAAGAAUUCACAGAGUACCUGGUGGACCCAGCCACACAGCGUGAUGGCCCACUCAACGAACACUGGCAGACUGUCUACCAGCUUUGCCACCCAUGUCACAUCCACUACGACUUGGUGGGCAAGUACGAGACACUGGAGGAGGAUGCAAACUAUGUGUUACGGUUGGUUGGUGUCAGCGACUCCCUCCACUUUCCAAGUUAUGCCAAGUCCACCCGCACCACAGAUGCCAUGACGGCCCAGUUCUUCAGCAAUAUCAGCACUCAAGAGCAGAUCCAACUCUACCAGCUUUACAAGUUGGACUUCCUCAUGUUCAACUACUCCACACCCAGCUACCUCCGGCUGGACUAA